UUGAAGUUAUAACUUAAGUUCGAAUUUUUAUAAUAGUUUAAUACAAUUAAAAUUUUGAAAAAGAUGAGAGUUUGGCGACCACAGACAUGUUUUUUAAUAUGUAUGAUCCUAAAGCUUAUGGCGGUUGUAAUUUUAGCUAGUUUGUUUUUGAAGAAAACAGCAAUUCUCUUUGUAAAUCCGAAACUAGUGGAGCUGAAUGAUUUUCAAAUUUUUAUGAAUGAUUGGUGCCGGGUAAGACAGGCAAGAACGGAAACUCAGAGCAUCUUAGCGUCAUGUCAGGAUCAACUGAAAUGGACGUACGAUCAAAAUGGUACAGAAACUAAUGCUUCUAUGAGUUUUAUUUCCAAGUGGGAUCUAAAGCCAGCCGGGCAAUUUAGCCGAUUUUUCAUUCAAACGGUUUCAAGUGAAGGAGCUUUGAAAACGACCGGAGGAGACUGGUGGAGAGUACGAAUUCGUAGUUCUGUAGCAUCCUUGCCGUCAACGGUAUUUGAUCAUAGAGAUGGGACGUAUGAAGUGAUAUUCUUGAUUGUGGAGCACGGAAUCUACUAUCUGGAUAUUACACUCGAUCACUCGCUAUGCAAUGGCUUCAAAGAUCCACCACAAAACUGGUUUAUUCUUGGAAAUGCCCAAGGAAAAAUGCAGCCAAAUGGAGUUUUGAGAGGUCGUGCAAAACAAGACUACUUACUUCAGCCUUUCCAAGAUGGGAGAAAAUUAACGAUAAAUAUAGGACUUCCCGAUGGGAGAGGCUUGUUUGUCUUCAACAGUUUGCCCAGAGAUAUUCUCCUGCAGCUGGGGAAGAAGUUUGACUUAAGUUGUGGAAUGAAAUGUCAAAUGAUAUGGGAUGGUUAUGGAAGAUGGGCAGAUGAGAAAUGGAAACCUUAUUUGAAAGCCAGAGAUGGGAAAGUAGAAAGCAAGAAUCUCGACAAGAAUGAUGAUGUAAGCCAAACAAGAAGUCCACUGUACAACACAUUAUGGAUUUAUGGAGAUUCACAAGCGAAACGAAUGUAUGAGGAAGUUCAAAACACGAGUUUGUGCAAGACAAUUUUCAGAGUUUGCAAACUGAGUAGUAACUGGGUUUAUGCGUACGAGGGAGAAAUGCCAAGACAAGAUGAUCUAGAUUUUGAUUACAAAAGAAUAACUAAUGACAUAAAAAGAGUUUUAGAUGUUGAAGAGAUGUCUGAAAACAGUGUAAUGGUUUUAAAUCUUGGACUUCACUUCGUACAAGCAACCAACUUUUCCAAUUACAUAAAGCUGCUUCGUGGAGUUGUGGACGUUAUCGAAACCCGUCAACGAGAAGGAAAGAAAAAUGUGAGACUGAUUUGGAAAACUACCACAGAAAUUUCUAAGCACAAAGACACUAAAGAUUUGCUUUACUGUGAUUUUAAAAGAUUUUUUACUAAUGCGCGUGUCGCAAUGUACAAUGCAUAUGCGACGUCAUUCAUGUGUCAAAAGGGAUUUGAGAUUCUGGAUGUUCAUCCGCUGACAGCAUCUUAUCCAGGUGGCACAGGUGGGCCAAAAAUAGAAUUUUACAAAGAGCAUGAUGUAGUUCAUUACAAAAGGCAUGUAACAAAACCUUUUGAAGAUCUUCUUACUGAAUAUCUGCUGGGAAAUGUACCAAGACAAUUAAACUUUAAAAAUUAUCAGUUUUCCUAACAGUGCAAUAAAAGUAUAAAACUACUCUUGAAUUGUACCAGAAAAUUAAAAUUCAAGACUUUAGGAUACUAGAUAUAGGUAUAGAAUGAUUGUAUAGAAGAUGACAUAUAUUAUCGGUACAUCGCCGAUGGGAUUAAUGGUCGGUCGUGUAUUGCUUUGGUAUAAUCAAUAGUCAGUAAUGACGUUCAAAGACUGUCGCAUCAGCGAUGUCGAUCAUUGUGACCGGUAGUUGAUUGCUGAAUUGAAUUACAAGUUGAAACAAUGACAUGCUAAAUGAAACAGAACAUUGUCUCCAGUUUUCACCUAAUCCUUGAUGAACUUUGCUCAAACACUUUGUUCCAGCAAGCAGAUUCUUAUUUAGUAUAAACAACUAAAUCUUUCUAUACAUGUUAUUUGCAACUAGGAAAUGGCACGAUCUAUAUAAAUAUAAUUGAUCUUCCUGAAUCAGAUUAUGCAUGAUAGGUCUUUCAUAUACGCCAAGGCGUGAAUUCAUUUUGACAUGUUUUCAUUUUUCAUUGCAAAAGCCCCAAACCUUGCAACUACGAGAGUAAAUUGGUUUCAUUGCAUUUUUAUACUAUACGAUAUAUUUUAAUCAUUCUAACUAAUCAGUGCUGAUUAUGAUCGGCCGGAAACGGCAAAUCUGUUCAACUAAAAUUGAAAAUGAAUUUACAGUGGUAUUAUAGCUUCGCAAUAUCAACACAAUAAAAUGCGAUAUUCGCACACAUACAGCCUAUAUUCAUGCUGCAAAAAGAUUUCAACAUUCGCUGAAGUCGCGUAUUGUGAUGAAAAAGACGCUGAAUUUAGGAAAUAGUGAGUGUAUGAAAACUGGAAAGAUCUAUGACACUUCAUAUGUUUAAAAACCUGAAGAAAUUGAUUUCUUUAAUUAAUUUGACCAUCACUGAUUGGUUAUUGUGUCGCAAAAGAAAGAAAAUCAUCAGAAAUUCAACAACAAAAAUGCUUUUAUUCUUAGGAUGGAUUUAGCCACGGUUUGAUAUUUUAAUUACAACCUUUUCCCUAAUUGGUUUUGGCUUUGCGAAGUUCAUAAUUGAAAAUGGGUAAACAAAAUAGAGAUUUUUGUAUACAGUGCAGACCGACAGUUAGAUAGAAAAAAUGUUUUGGACUCUGCGGUUCCUUUUGGCAUUCCAUUGCAGGUGUUCCGCAACUGUUUUGCCGCCAAAUCAAUGCAUGGCUAGACUAAGAUAUGAUUUAUUGUAAAAUUUAUACAUGGCAGAUAAUUGAGAUAUGAUCUAGAAGCUUUAAAAUGCUUUAAAAAAAAUACGAUUAUCUAUCCAUAUGACCGUAAGUAUAAAUCUGUCAUUAUCCUAUGGUUGUAGCCGGUUCACCGAUUCAAAUGCACAAGAUUGAUUCAACGUACUCAGUCUCAGUACUCUAAUUGACAACACCUAAGCCAUGCAAAGUCUUCCAAAAGAUGAAACCUAUAUUUCAAAAUGUUGCAUAUUAUAUAUUCAUCAUUAAGAACAUUUCCUUGCACUUAUUGAGAAUUCAUUUCAUCGUGCACAAUCUAUUGACAGAGGCAUUUUUCUUCAAAGAAUUUAUUAAUUUAACCUGAUGCGGUGUAUUUUAUGUUUUCAUCUGUCCAGCUAACCUGCUAAAGAAAAAAAUUUGGUUGUGAUCGCAUUAUAUCAUACACAUCCAUUAGCCGACAACAAGCUCAUUAAAAGGCCAUUUCCAAUUAUUUCGUAUUUUAAUCAGGCAACACAGAAAGUGCAAUUAGAACGCAAUACUGGUGUAGGUAGCCAAUGAAAUUGCCCAAUUCAGAACACGUGUCCCAACCUAUUUCUGUGUUCUGUAUGAAACAUUCAGCUGAAAGAAAUGUCUCACGAUCUUUGAGCAUUGGGCAUAAGGCAAAACGAAGAUACUUGAGCGAAAUUUCAGGUCAAAUUUACUGUAACUCAGUGUAGCAAGAAAAUUCAAGAGAGAAAGGACUCAUUUUUGUUGUAGAAGAUCUUGACCCGUGUCGAAUUGACGAACCCGAUCUGUUGCCAGGCAAGCGCGCCAACGGCAUAACUGAUUCUUUUCAGUUCUCAGGUAUU